CUCUCCUUCAGGGCGGGGGGGGGGGGGGGGCUCGGAGACAUUUAAAUAAACGCUCUUCGGACAGUUGCACUAUUCAGCGUUUUUGUUUUUAAGCCUGAACACAAAGAACCAAGAGCAGCCAUGGUUGACUGGACUGAGCAGGAGCGCGGCAUCAUCUCCGGCAUCUUUGCCAACAUGGACUAUAACGACAUCGGCCCCAAGGCUCUGUGCAGGUGUCUGAUCGUUUACCCCUGGACUCAGAGGUAUUUCGGCUCCUUCGGAAACCUCUACAACGCUGAGGCCAUCAAGACCAACCCCAACAUCGCAGCCCAUGGAGUGACGGUGCUGCACGGUCUGGACCGGGCUGUGAAGAACAUGGACAACAUCAAGGCCACCUACGCCGAGCUGAGCGUGCUGCACUCCGAGAAGCUGCACGUCGACCCCGACAACUUCAGGCUGCUGGCUGACUGUCUGACCAUCGUCAUCGCCGCCAAAAUGGGAGCCGGCUUCACCCCAGACACCCAGGCCGCCUGGCAGAAGUUCCUGGUCGUGGUGGUGUCCGCUCUGGGAAGGCAGUACCACUAAACCCCAGCAGCCUCCGCCCCUGGUCACCCGAGGGAGAUCUCUAACGUCUGUUCACAUGUGUUAUGUGUCUCCUUCAUGAAGAAAUAAAAGCCCACUAAAGCAAAGCUGAACCCACUUGUUUGCGCCAUUUCUUCUUUUAUGAGUGCGUAAUUACGCACAGCCAUAGCUUUGGUAAUGGCUGGACCCUAAACCGCCAUAAUACUAAUUCAACAUUAUCAAAAUCAAAUAUAUAUAUAUCAGAUUAGUGAUACUUUGUAAUACUGACAGGAUUUAUAGUGUCUUUAUUGGAGGUUUAAGGGGGUUUAUAGUUGUCAUUGCAUUGCAGUGUGAGGGGCCAUUGGGGGCCUCAAACAGUGAACCUCUGCUGAUCUCAGCGUCAGUUUUUAAUGUUAAAUUAUUCACGUGUAAGCUACUGUGGUUCAGGUUCUGUAUUUAUUCAUUGAACUGGAAUGCCUUGCAGAAGACAACGUCGCCUUUUCCUUCAUGUUAUAUUAGCGAAUCCACCUAAUAUUCACUGUACUGGCUCAGAUGACAAGAAAAAAUUAAACGGACUUAACUUUGAUUUUAGGCAACAUAUUGGAGGAUCGGUAUGAGGUCAAAGGGCGCAUCAUAGCGGUAAAGCCUAAGAUACUACGGAGUUGACGAUAUGAAACUACUCGUCCACACAGGUAACACCCCUCCAUAUGCAUCACGUCCUCACCAAUAUCACAUCUACUGUAGAAAGCACCAUGUCAUUCAUCCCAAUAUUCAAUAUCACUGCGCUAAAAUAUGAGGAAUUAGAAACAACUGAAGGUGUAACUAACAUCAACGUCAGCUAAGGACUUUAAAUCAACCGUUAGAUGUUAAGUUAAACUUGUUUCGAUGCUGCACAGUUUGAACUCUCGAGAACCAGAGUUCACAAGAGUUCACGAGUCAUUCUCAACCUGUAAUGACUUUUCUUUGUGUCUAGGUUUAAAUAUGAUAUUUAAACAUUUCAAAUAUGAAAUGAGAAUCUCUCUAAACUUGGGCAAGAGAAAACUUAAUUUUUUUUUAUCUUACGUUUGUUUUUUUAGGACAAUGUGUAUUUGUUUCUUCUAUAUUUACAUUGCAUUGUAUGUUUUUUAUUGCGCAAAUAAACCUCUCAAGGUGUUCUCACUUGUUAGAUCACAUUUCUUGGAACGAGCUAUUUUUCAGAAUAUUUUUAACAAAUUAUUCUUUUAUUAAAAAAUGAUAAGAAUGAUUAGAGACUGUGGGCGCAGGCUCUUUGUAUAUGCAGACUGAAGGAAUCCUCAUACUUAUUGUGUUUUUCAGGGUCAGCUGAGGACAAAGGGGAUCACGUGAACUCACCACACAUUUCGACUAUCUCAGACUGCAGUUCAAAGCCGAUAAGAGCUCCGACCCUCCCGAAGCCUCAGUGUGAAGAAUGGCGGUCAAA